AUGGUGAACCUCAAUUUCCCUCACAUCGUCCUCCCCGUUGACGCACCGUCGCCCUCGCUUCCCCUGUUUCCCCGUCGUCAUUGCCCUCCCGUCGCCCUUACCCCUCUCCCCUCCCGUCGCUUCCUCGUCAACGUCGUCGUGCCCCAUUCCGACGCUUCUUUCACCACUUCGACCACCCUCUUUCUCCAUUGUCGUGUCCCCACCACUCCCCACUCUCCUGACAGGCGCGCCCACGAUCCCCCCCACUGUCUCACACGCUUCCCCUCACCGUCGCCCACGUUUCCCUCACCAUCGCCCACGCUUCCCCCCAUUGUCGCGGACGCUUCCCCCCACCUUGUCCCACGCUUCCCCCCACCGUCUCCCACGCUUCCCCCCACCGUCGCCCACAUUUCCCGCCACCCUCUCAUCCGCCCUUCCUCUCAUCCUCCUUUCCUCUCAUCCUCCCUUCCUCCCUUCCUCUCACCCACCCUUCCUCUCAUCCGCCUUUCCUCUCAUCCUCUCGUCCUCUCAUCCUCUCGUCCUCUCAUCCACCCUCUCCUCUCAUCAUCCCUUCCUCUCAUCCUCCCUUCCUCUCAUCCUCUCGUCCUCUCAUCCUCCCUUCAUCCCAUCCUCUCGUCCUCUCAUCCUCCCUUCCUCUCAUCCGCCUUUCCUCUCAUCCGCCCUUCCUCUCAUCCUCCCUUCCUCUCAUCCGCCCUUCCUCUCAUCCUCUCGUCCUCUCAUCCCCCCGUCCUCUCAUCCUCCCUUCCUCUCAUCCGCCUUUCCUCUCAUCCACCUUUCCUCUCAUCCACCUUUCCUCUCAUCCGCCCUUCCUCUCAUCCUCUCGUCCUCUCAUCCGCCUUCUCCUCUCAUCCUCCCUUCCUCUCUUUCUCUCUCUUUCCCUCCUUCACUUUCUCCCAUCAGCCCUUUCUCCAAGCCUCCCUCCACCCUACCACUCUCCCACCCACUCUUUGUUUCAUCCUCCUGCCCCUCCACCCUGCCGCCCUUUUUUUCAAGCUGCCACCGGCCGAUCUGCCUAUCGGUCGCCUUUUCUGUCUGACCCACUUGCUACUCCCUACUUGA